AUGCUACGACUUUCUGGAAUCGUAAGUUUUUUGGGAUCUUUGGAGGAUUUUUAGAGGAAUUUAUUUUUAUCUUUGAGCUUUUUAGAAUUUCGAAUUAAAUCUCUUUCGUACUUUACACUCUCCCACCCUCUAUUACAAUGUAAACAAGUGUUUUUGUGUUCUCCUGUAGGUAAAUAUCGAGUAUAAAAUACAAACUCCGACUAUAAUGAUUAUAUUUCUAACGUAUUUUAACCCCCGAAUCUGCGUGAUCCUCUUCAUGUUUAUGCUGCAGAAUGUAAGAAAAGCAAGUGAUUAGGGUCGGUUAUAAUCUUAUCAGGCAGUUUUCCACAUUUCUUGAGGCGUUGAUAAACUCUGAAGAACGGAUUCUGCCGUUUUCGAUAUAAACAUGUGGUGAGGGAAGAUUGGUCGUUUUCGGAUGUUUUUGGAGUUUUAGAUAGGUGGGGACAGUGUUUAUUAGAGGGUUUAGAGGCUACUGUGAUUAUUUAUAUUUAUACAGUAUAAUGAAGAAUUAACGGAUAUACUGAAAAAUCAAUUUUCUUGAGACUGUAGAUCGAUUUUUGCUAAAAUUUCUAAAAUUUAUGGAUUUUUUGCGUAACAAAAUUUAUUUUGUUACAGUAUCCUAAAUUUCCAGAGGAUGUCCCAGCUUACCCGUUUUGUGAGUCUAGACGAAGUGGAACGCCACGCCAUCCAAUUAUUGCCCAAAUCUGUCCGUGAUUACUAUCAAAGUGGAGCUGACGAUGAACAAACUCUUGCCAGAAACGCCAGAAUGUUUUCCAAGUAAGACUUUUCCUUAAAAAUACUUUUAAUUAACCUAUGAACAUUUAAAAACCUUUUCAGAUACCUAAUCCGACCCGUCGCUCUUCGUGAUGUCUCUCAAUUGGAUCCAAAAACUCACAUUAUUCUCAAGGACAAAAAUGGAAAUAUUGCGUUUGAUCACGUCUUCGAUUACCCUUUGGCUAUAGCUCCAUCUGCUUUCCAAAAAAUGGCUCAUGUGGAGGGAGAAGCAGCUACUGCGAGAGCUGCCGGCGAGACCAACACCCUCAUGGUGAACAGCACCAUCUCAACGACCAAACUGGAAGACGUCGCGGCUGCUGGGAAACCAUCGGAUGCCCAAUUAUUCUUUCAGUUGUAUGUUUAUAAGGACAGAUCGUUGACGGAGACGUUGGUGAGAAGAGCCGAGAGCGCCGGAUUCAAAGCGUUGGUGCUGACAGUUGAUGCGCCAACUUUUGGAAGGAGAAGGGCCGAUGAGAGGAACGGAUUCGAACUGCCGAAGCAUUUGGAGUAAGCUGAGUAAUUUGAAUCAAACUUUAAAGAAAUUUGAUCAGUUAUUAAAAUUUUACUUUCUAAAAAGAUUUUCUUGGAAAAAAACUGCCACUGCAAAGCGCGAGUUAAAACUUUUAGACGAUGAUUUUUUAUUUGUAGAAUGGCCAAUUUUGCGGAUCAAUUGCACGCCCGGACAAAGACUGGAGCCUCUGGAACUUCCGGUCUAUCCGCUUAUACUAACUCAUUGUUCGAUCAGAGUCUCAAUUGGAAGGACCUGACUUGGCUUGUCAACACCACCAAAUUACCCGUAAGUAUUACAAUUUUAGACUUGAUUUUUAUUGGUUCAACAUAUUUUUUCUCCUCUUUAGGUUAUUGUGAAAGGAGUGAUGAGAGCCGACGAUGCCGUUAAAGCCAUUGAACAUGGAGCCGCGGCUAUUAUUGUGUCAAAUCAUGGGGGCAGACAACUUGACCAUGCUCCCGCGACUGUAGGUUGCCAUGCUUGGACCUUGUUUUACUCCUUUCUUUUCUAAUUUGAUGUUAAUUUUAGAUCGAAGCCCUGCCAGAAGUUGUCAAAGCCGUCAACGGAAGAGUUCCAGUCUUUAUUGAUGGGGGAAUCCGCGCUGGAACUGAUAUCUUCAAAGCCUUGGCGUUAGGCGCCUCUAUGUGCUUUGUUGGAAGACCUGUUUUGCAUGGACUGGCUGUUGGAGUGAGUAAAAAAAAAUUUUUUAAGUUUGAUUUCUGCUCUUGCAGUAGAACACUACAGAAAUAUUGAAAAAGUAGGAUUGCAUUGUGCAAAAUAAAAAUUUUUAAAACUGCACAAUGCAACAACGUUUCGAAAAAUACUAGAAAUAAAUUCUUUUCCGAUCAUAAGGUUUGCUUUUUCAGGGAGCGGAUGGAGUCAAACAUGUCCUGAACAUUCUCCGAACCGAAUUCAAAUACGCUCUAUUACUGGCUGGAUGCCCAUCAAUCAAAUCAAUUAGGGAAACAAAGGAUAUCGUUGUACAUGAACAUUACUAUGCUAAAUUAUGA